AUGGAAGGCCCCAGUCAUGUGUAUCUCUUUGGAGACCAGACUGCGGAUUUCGACUCGGGCCUUCGCCGUCUGUUGCAUGCCAAGAAUGACUCGCUGCUGGUAGCAUUUUUCCAAAAGUCGUACUAUGCGUUGCGCAAGGAGAUUACUUCGCUUCCGCAAUCCGAGCGUCAGGGGUUCCCCCGCUUUACCAGUAUCGUUGAUCUUCUUGCGAGGUUCAAGGAGUCAGGGCCGAACCCAGCUUUGGAGAGCGCAUUAACGACAAUUUACCAAUUGGGAUGUUUCAUUCACUACUACGGCGAUUUGGGCCAUGCCUAUCCGUCGGGUGAUGAGAGCUGCAUCAUUGGUCUCUGCACAGGUCAGCUUGCAUCUGCGGUUGUUAGCUCUUCAAAAACUAUCGGAGAUCUCAUUCCGGCUGGCGUUGAGGCUGUUGUGCUUGCUUUGAGACUCGGGAUGUGCGUUUCGAAAGUACAAGCUCUCAUAGAAUCAAGCAAAUCGGCAAUUUCGAGCUGGUCUGUGCUAGUUUCUGGCAUGCGCGAGCCCGAGGCUCGGGAUUUGAUUCAACAGUAUGCGAAGAAGAAUGUAAGUCUCUUCCUCCAAAUUGGCCUAGAACAAAAUAGGACGAUUGUUAAUAUCUUCAAGGCUUUACCCCGUGUUUCCCAGCCUUAUAUUAGCGCAGUCAGCCCUAAUGGACUCACUAUUAGUGGUCCUCCGACUUUCCUGGGCCAUUUCAUUGAGGACAGUCUCUCUAAGGAGCACAAGCCCACAAGAGUUCCAAUCUACGGCCCUUAUCAUGCCUCGCAUCUUUACGAUGACAAGGAUAUUAACCGAAUUUUGGAAUCUUGGCCGACCGAACAAUUCAUGACCUAUGUGCCUCAGAUCCCUAUACUGUCAAGUGAAACAGGCAAGGAAUUUCAAACUGAAAGUCUUGAGCAGCUCUUGAGGCUCUCUCUUCGGGAGAUUUUGCAGAGACAGCUCUGUUGGGACAAGGUCACCGAAUCUUGCCAAUCAGCCUUGCAAUCUGCCACGACAUGCACUCUGUUCCCAAUUUCCAGCACUGCAACCCAGAGUCUAUUCAAAUCACUGAAAAACGCUGGAGUAUCUAAUCUUGAGAUUGACAACACAAUUGGUGACGUUCAAAAGGAUUCAGAGGGAGACAACCGUACCGGUCGUGCCGAUCAGUCCAAGAUUGCAAUCAUUGGUCUUUCAGGAAGAUUCCCAGAGGCACCUGACACCGAAGCAUUCUGGGAUCUUUUGAAAAAAGGACUGGACGUUCACCGCGAGGUCCCCCCAGAGCGAUGGGAUGUCAAGGCUCACGUCGACAUGGAAGGAAAAAUAAGAAACACCAGCCAAGUUCAAUACGGAUGCUGGUAUAACGAUGCCGGAAUGUUUGACCCCCGGUUCUUCAAUAUGUCGCCCCGUGAAGCGCUUCAAGCAGACCCUGCUCAACGCCUGGCACUUCUUACUGCUUACGAGGCUUUGGAGAUGGCAGGCUUCAUUCCUGAUAGCACUCCCUCUACGCAGAAGAAUCGUGUGGGUGUCUUCUACGGAAUGACUAGUGAUGACUACCGUGAGAUCAAUAGUGGUCAGGAUAUUGACACCUACUUUAUCCCGGGUGGUAACCGUGCUUUUACUCCUGGUCGCAUCAAUUACUAUUUCAAAUUCAGCGGCCCUAGUGUUAGCGUGGAUACGGCUUGCUCUUCGAGUCUUGCUGCAAUUCAUGUUGCUUGUAAUUCUUUGUGGAGGAAUGAAAGCGAUUCCGCCGUUGCUGGUGGUGUCAAUAUCCUGACAAAUCCUGACAACCAUGCUGGCCUCGACCGUGGACACUUCCUCUCAAGGACUGGAAAUUGCACCACCUUCGACGAUGCAGCUGAUGGUUAUUGCAGAGCAGAUGGCAUUGGCUCCGUGGUCUUGAAGAGACUUGAGGAUGCUCAGGCAGACAAUGAUCCAAUCUAUGGUAUCAUCGGAGGAGCUUACACCAACCACUCAGCAGAGGCUGUGUCAAUUACCCGGCCUCACGUAGGAGCCCAGUCUUUCAUCUUUGACAAGCUUCUUAACGAAUCCAACAGCGAUCCAAAAGAAAUCAGCUAUAUCGAAAUGCACGGAACCGGUACCCAGGCAGGUGAUGCAGUAGAGAUGCAGUCAGUUCUCGAUGUCUUCGCUCCUGACUACCGUCGUGGGCCAACCCAGUCACUUCACCUUGGUUCAGCAAAGGCAAAUGUUGGCCACGGAGAGUCUGCCUCUGGUGUCACAGCAUUAAUUAAGGUCUUAAUGAUGAUGCAGAAGAACAUGAUUCCACCUCACUGUGGCAUCAAGACCAAGAUCAACCACAACUUCCCGACAGACUUUCCCCAGCGCAACGUGCACAUUGCGUCCGAGCCUACCCCUUGGAACAGGCCAAACGGCGGCGUGCGAAAGACGUUCGUCAACAAUUUCUCAGCCGCCGGCGGUAACACUGCUUUGAUGGUUGAGGAUGGCCCCCUCGAUGAGGAGAAAGUGGAAGACCCUCGGUCGGCCCAUCCUGUCCUUGUCUCUGCUCGCUCCCAGUCUGCCCUGAAGAACAACAUCUCUGCUCUCGUGCAGUACAUUGACAUAAACAAGAAUUCGUUCAAUGUCAACGAGGCUAGCCUCCUUGCCAAUCUGUCUUACACAACUACGGCGAGGCGCAUUCAUCAUCCCUUCAGAGUCGCCGUCACUGGAUCGACUCUGGAUGAAGUCAGGAGCGGAUUGGCUCCUAUUGUCAACCGAGACAGCAUUAGCCCGGCUCCUGUUAAUCCACCUGGCAUCGGCUUUGUCUUUACCGGACAGGGUGCUCAGUAUACAGGCAUGGGACGUCAAUUGUUUGAGAGUUGCUUGCAAUUCCGCACUCACAUUGAGCACUUGGAUUGUAUUGGCCAAAGUCAGGGCUUCCCAUCUAUUGUGUCCCUAAUCGAUGGGAGUGUGCCAAUUGAAGAGCAUAGCCCCGUCGUUACCCAGCUCGGAACCACCUGUGUGCAGAUGGCAUUGACCAAGUACUGGAUGUCUUUGGGUGUUGUCCCUACCUUUGUCAUGGGCCACAGCCUUGGCGAGUUUGCCGCUCUCAAUGCUUCUGGUGUGUUGACAACCAGUGAUACCAUCUACCUCGCGGGGCGACGAGCCCAACUUCUCACCGAGCAAAUCAAGGUUGGAACGCACGCUAUGCUUGCUGUCAAGUCUUCAGUAGCACAGAUCAAGCAGUUCCUUGAUGAGGCUGCUGAGGUGGCUUGUAUCAAUGCGCCCAGCGAGACUGUUAUCAGUGGGGCAAGUGAGAAAAUUGACGAGCUUUCACAAAUUCUUACCAAUGAAGGCUUCAAGGCUACCAAGCUGAAUGUACCCUUUGCUUUCCAUUCAGCUCAGGUUGAACCUAUUCUUGAGAGAUUAGCCGAGAUUGGAAAGGGGGUCACAUUCAAUAAGCCCUCUAUUCCGUUUGUAUCUGCUCUUCUUGGAGACGUUAUCAAUGAGACCAACAGCGAGCUUCUUGGUCCCAACUACCUCGCGCGCCAUUGCCGGGAGACUGUGAAUUUCCUGGGUGCUCUGGAAGCUACCCGGCACUCCAACUUGAUGAAUGACAAGACCAUCUGGGUCGAAAUUGGCUCUCACCCCGUAUGCUCCGGAAUGGUCAAGGCAACUUUCGGUCCUCAGGCAACUACUGUGGCCUCUCUCCGUCGUCAGGAAGACUCAUGGAAGGUUCUCUCAACCAGUACUGCAGCUCUUUAUCUGGCUGGAAUUGAGAUUCGAUGGAAAGAGUAUCAUCAGGACUUCACCGCCGCACACAAAGUCCUCCCACUUCCUUCCUACAAGUGGGAUCUCAAGAACUACUGGAUUCCCUACACUAACAACUUCUGUCUUCUCAAGGGUGCACCAGCAGUGGCACCAGUGGCUGCUGAGGCUGAGCCAGUCUCCGUGUUCUUGUCAUCAGCAGCCCAGAAAGUUUUGGAGACGAGUGGUGACAAUUCAUCGGCAUUUAUCGUCAUCGAGAAUGACAUUGCUGAUCCUGAGCUCAAUCGUGUCAUUGCAGGUCACAAGGUGAACGGUGCCUGUCUUACUCCAUCGUCCUUGUACGCCGAUAUUGCACAGACACUUGGUGAAUAUCUGGUUCAGAAUUACAAGCCCGAGUGGAAAGACCGCGGGUUUGAUGUUUGCAACGUGGUUGUUCCCAAGCCUCUUAUUGCAAAGGGAGGCAAGCAACUAUUCCGCGUCUCAGCUACCGCAAAUUGGGCCGAGGAAAGUGCCAAAGUGCAGGUGUGGUCUGUGACCCCGGAGGGGAAAAAGAUCCUUGACCACGCUAGUUGCAACAUCAAGUUCUUUGAUCCCAUUCCUUACGAACUUGAGUGGAAGCGUAGCUCUUACCUCAUCAAGCGGAGUAUUGAGCAUCUUCAAGAGAGCACUAUAUCUGGCCAGGCCCAUCGUAUGAAGCGAGGAAUGGUCUACAAGCUCUUUGCUUCUCUAGUGGAUUAUGACGAGAACUACAAAUCCAUUCGGGAAGUCAUCCUCGACAGUGAACAACACGAGGCCACCGCUCUGGUUAAGUUCGAGGCGCCACCGGGCAACUUCCAUCGUAAUCCGUUCUGGAUUGACAGCAUCGGUCACCUGUCUGGCUUCAUUAUGAACGCUAGUGAUAACACCGAUUCCAAGAACCAAGUGUUUGUCAAUCAUGGAUGGGACUCGAUGCGAUGCUUGAAGAAGUUUGAUCCCAGUGUUACCUACCGCACCUACGUGAGGAUGCAGCCUUGGAAAGACUCUAUUUGGGCUGGUGAUGUCUAUAUGUUUGAGGGCGACGACAUCGUUGCUGUGUAUGGUGGGGUUAAGUUCCAAGCUCUGGCACGGAAGGUCCUUGAUAUGGCUCUCCCUCCUGGUGGAGGAGCCCCAGCACCCAAGCCAGCCGCUGCCAAGCGUGCUCUUGCUCCCGUCAAUGUCGAGAAGGCAAAGCCUAGCGCUAACAAAAAGGCUUCCCCGCCAAAAUCUACAAAACCAAAUCUGGCUACGCGUGCUCUUGCAAUCCUCGCCGAAGAGGUUGGACUUUCAACUUCUGAUCUGACUGAUGAUCUCAACUUCGCUGAUUACGGAGUUGACUCUCUGCUUUCACUGACUGUCACUGGGCGAUACCGUGAGGAAAUGGGACUUGAUCUCGACUCUUCUAUCUUUGUGAAUAAUCCAACAGUGAACGACUUCAAAAUUCUCCUGGCCCAAAUGGGUCCUGCUGAAAGUAGUGAUGGAUCAAGCAGCGAAGGUGACGUGUCUUCGGCUGUAUCUUCAAGCGAGAUCUCAUCUCCAAAUACGAGCGGCCUUCCAUCCCCUGCAAAUGAGAAGUCGAUGACACCCGGAUUGCAGGAGCAAAGUGAUAGCCUGAGACGAAUUGCCGCAAUCCUGGCUGAGGAGAUCGGUGUUGAUCCCGGGGAGCUCGGUGGCGAUGCAAACCUUGGUGAGAUGGGUUUAGACUCAUUGAUGUCGCUCACAGUUCUCGGUAAGAUCCGUGAAGAUGUAGAUCUUGAUCUCCCGGGAGAGUUCUUCAUUGAGAACCAAACGCUCGAUGAAAUCGAAAUUACCCUGGAUCUCAAGCCCAAAUCCGCCCCCGCUCCCGCUCCUGUGGAACGCAUCAGACUCCCCGAGCAAAUCCCUGUUCAAGUCGCUUCCAGCACUGCCUCCCAGCACCCGCCGGCAACUUCGAUCCUCCUGCAAGGAAACCCAAAGACAGCGACUCAGAGCUUGUUUUUAUUCCCUGAUGGCUCUGGGUCUGCUACCUCCUAUUCUACCAUUCCUGGAGUUUCUCCUGAUGUCUGUGUCUAUGGACUGAACUGCCCAUAUAUGCGCACCCCCGAGAACCUCAAGUUCCGCCUGGAUGAGCUCACCGCUCCUUACAUUGCUGAGAUUCGGCGCCGCCAGCCCACUGGGCCUUACAACUUCGGUGGCUGGUCCGCUGGUGGUAUCUGUGCCUACGACGCCGCGCGCCAGUUGAUCUUUGAUGAAGGCGAGCGAGUCGAGCGCCUGCUCCUACUAGACUCACCCUUCCCUAUCGGACUGGAGAAGCUGCCUCCCCGUCUGUACAGCUUCUUCGACACGAUUGGACUGUUUGGGGAGGGCAAGGCUCCUCCACCCAAAUGGCUCCUCCCCCACUUCCUAGCUUUCAUCGACUCCUUGGACGCUUAUAAGGCAGUUCCAUUCCCCCAUGCAGACCCGAAGCAGGCCGACAAACUCCCCAAGACAUUCAUGGUCUGGGCCAAGGAUGGUGUCUGCUCUAAGCCCGGUGAUACCCGCCCUGCGCCAGCCGCAGAUGGUAGCGCAGACCCCCGUGAGAUGCUCUGGUUGUUGAACAACCGCACUGAUCUGGGUCCAAAUGGUUGGGAUACCCUUGUUGGACCGAAUAAUGUUGGCGGCAUCACCGUUAUGAAGGAUGCCAACCAUUUCACUAUGACUCGUGGCGACAAGGCCCAGGAGCUGGCUGCAUUUAUUGCUAGCUCUAUGGCUUCGGCAUAA